AAGGCUUCACCAUGACACUUCUGGGGUCUGAGCAUUCUAUGCUGAUUCGGAGCAAAUUCAGAUCAGUUUUACAGUUGCGGUUACAGCAGCGAAGAAGCCGAGAGCAGCUUGCCAGCCAAGGCAUCAUGCCACCACUGAAAAGCCCUUCUCCCUUCCAUGAGCAAAAGAAGAGCUUGGAGAGAACCAAGACUGAAGAUUAUUUUAAGCACAAGAUCCGAAACAGACCUCAGCAUUCUGAACUGCUUGAUAUGCACAUUGUUCAAGAUUCAACUGCAGAAGAAUCCAUUCAAGCUAGUCAGAUGAAACUAAAACGAGCCCGUCUUGCGGACAAUCUGAAUGAAAAAAUUGCUCUUAGACCAGGACCUCUGGAGCUGGUGGAGAAGAAUAUCAUUCCUGUUGAUUCAGCUGUGAAAGAGGCCAUCAAAGGUACCCAAGGAAACUUCCCUAAAUCUUCAGAUGCCUUUGCUUUUGAAGAAGAUAGCAGCAAUGAUGGGAUGUCCCCAGAGCAAGUUAAAAGUGAGGACUCUCAAGGGUCUACAGAAUUGGCAGCAAGAAUCAAAAUACCUGAAGCAGCAUUUCCUUCAGUGUCUGAGACAACUCAGGGUCAUUCUCAUAAUUCUGAAAAUGAUAUGGCUGAUUCAUCAUCUCUACAAAAUAACCAGCCAGAAAGUCCAAAACAGCUCAAUGGGCAGCAGACACCUCCUAUUCCUAUCACUACAUCUGUAAAGUCAAAAUCUUCAAGUGAUGGCAAGAAUCGCCACAAAAAACCCAAGGAGAUGAAGCCCAAAGUGAAGAAGCUAAAGUAUCACCAAUACAUUCCACCAGACCAGAAGGCAGAGAAGGCCCCUCCUCCCAUGGACUCUGCCUAUGCCAGGCUACUGCAACAACAACAGCUCUUCCUGCAGCUCCAGAUCCUUAGCCAGCAACAGCAGCAUCGACACCACCAGCAGUUCAAUUACCCUGGAUCACAUUCCUCUCAGCUAAAACAACCAAAUGAGCCUAAAAUCUCAGGCUCUUCUCCUACGACAAUCACCAAUAAUACUCUUUCUCCAGUGAAGGGAACCUUUUCUGGACCAUCUUGCAUUUCAUCCCUCAAACCAGGUCCUCUUCCAUCCAAUCUGGAUGACCUUAAAGUGUCAGAAUUAAGACAGCAACUCCGAAUAAGGGGACUGCCUGUGUCAGGUACAAAAACAGCCUUGAUGGAACGUCUUAGACCCUUUCAAGAGUGCAGUGGGAAUUCAGUGGCUUCUUUCAAUGAAAUAACCACUGUCACUUUCCCAGUAACCCCAACAAGCUCUCUCUCCAGUUAUCCGUCGCAGUCUUCUACCAGUCUGUUAUCCAAUGGCUUUUACCAUUUUGGCAGCACUAGUUCCACUCCACCCAUCUCUCCAGCUUCCUCUGACCUUUCAGUGAGUGGCUCCUUGCCAGACAGUUUCAAUGAAGGACCACUGUCUUCCCCACAGUUUGUCUUGCACCCUUCACCUGUGCAAGGUAGUUGUGAGGAGAACCUGGUGGGAAGCAUCAAUGGAGCUGGCAUCCAGCAUGAUGUUGAAAGGGUUGACACAGAGAAAGACAAAAUGCUGGUGGAAAAGCAAAAAGUAAUCAAUGAGCUGACUUGGAAAUUGCAGCAGGAGCAGAGGCAAGUGGAAGAGUUGAGAAUGCAACUCCAGAAGCGCAAAAGAAGCCAUGGACUGGAAGAUAAGCAGCCCCCAGCACCUGUGUUUGGUUUUCCGGUCAAGCAGGAGAAUGCAGUGUCCAGCUGCCCAUUUGCCUCUAAGCAAGCUGCCUUGAAAGCUAAGGCUAGCAAUUCUGAGGCAUUAAGUAACUGUGGAACACCUCAGAUGCCUCAUCUUGUAAAUAGCCAUUGCAUGGAACCUUCUGGACAAAAUGGCAUACUGUCCUCCACAUUCCUAAGCCCACAGUGCUCUCCUCAGCAUUCUCCACUAGAGGCAGCGAAGAGUCCUCAACAUAUCAGCCUUCCACCCUCACCAAACAGCCAUUACCUUCUCUCCAUGUCUCCUAGCCAUCAGGGAGAAGGACGUAGCAAUUCUCCACAACCCAGCCGCCAUUUGUGCACAACUCUGGUGCCGACACAAGGGGGCCCAAAGUAUUCCAUUCUGCCUGCCAGCUUUUGUAAAUCCAGUGCUGCUCUCCCAGAGGGAAAACAGCCUCCACCUUAUGCUGAUGCUGUAAAACAGCAAAUGACUCAAAGUCAGCAGAUGGAUGAAUUAUUAGAUGUGCUUAUUGAAACUGGAGAAAUGCCUGCAAAUGCUAAAGAGGACCGCCCUUGUCUUCAGAAGGUACCUCAGAUAACAGUGUCUUCAGGAACUUCUGGAACACCCUUGCUACUAAAGGCAUCCACUGCAUUUGAGCAAAACACCUCAAAUCAACUCUCCUUUGAACGCUGCUCUAGCAAUGACAGUCAUUUGGAAAUCUUGUUAAAUUCCCACAGUCCUCUUGGGCGGUCAAGUGAAGUAACCCUUCUAAAAUUGGGUACUGAGGAACCUCACUUUGAUGGAGCAAUGGAAGGAUUUUCUAGCAAGGCUGCCGAUGAAUUAGUCUCACCCCAUGAGAUCCUGCCAACUCCCCUCUCGCCCAUGGAGACUCAGUUGUCUCCCUCAUCUGGUGAAGGAACUGGUUUGCACAUGAGCUUCACAGAGUCUCCCUGGGAAACAAUGGAAUGGCUGGACCUCACACCACCAAGCUCAGCCAAUGGUUUUGGUUCCCUGACCACUACAGGGCCCAGCAUCUUCAACAUCGAUUUCUUAGAUGUUACUGAUCUCAACUUGAACGGCACUAUGGAUCUGCACUUACAACAGUGGUGAUCAAAGCAAAUGUUAAGGAUAGGGAGGAAACCUACCACAAGUAAUUUCCAUGGAAAGAAUUAAAAGACUAUUUUAGAAUGUUCUGGAAUAAUGCAGAGAGCAAAAAGAACUGGAGACAUUUUCCCCAGGACAUAAUUUAUCUUUUGACCAUCAAUGGAUUCGCCAAAUGAUUAUUUCCUUUCUCUGCUGUGCUCAAAAUAAGCAAUCCUUAAUUUCUAAAACAAAUUCCUCCCUACCCUUUGUAAGCAAAUCCAGUUGCUCAUCAUCAGUUCCAACCUCUUUCAGAAGGAGAUUCUCUAUGCAAGACAACUGUACAUUGCCCAAACUUGUCAGUAUUAAUCCUAACAGGCUUAUCAAACUAUAUGACUCUGAUAUGGGCAUAUUUGUAGAUCCCAUACACUGCUCCUUGAGAACCUUUGCCCUUCAUGCUUAUCAUAUAUAUGAACAGUUUUAUUGGGAAUCCCCCCCCCCUUUUCAAGUCAUCUUGCUCUGAUGCAUCAAAGAGAUCAUCGACAUUUUACUAUCUAUUUUCAAAACUGAAAUAAUCGUCCAGUGUUUCCCUGAAUAUUUUUCUCUUUUUAAGUUUAUUUAUUCCUCUUGUUUUCUGUUUUAAAGAUACAUGCAGCAGACCUGAAAUAAUAUGAUUUAUUUUGUAGUGGGCACUCUGCUUGGAAAAGAUUUCAAGAUGGAACAACAAGAAAAUAUAGAAAUAAGAGGUCUUUAAUUGAGUGUAAUUGGAGGAGAGCCUCUAUGGCCUCACCAUUGUUCUGCUUUAAAGGUACAUUCCUCCUUUAAUAAGUACUUAUCUCAUUUUUUAUUUUUUUAUUAAAUUAAAAUGUUAACAUAUAUAUGUAUGUAUAUAAUUUGAGAUACAUAAAAGUUAUAACAGAUCAGCACAUAACCAGUAUUAAUCCACCAUUCAAAAUCUUUUAAACAUUUGACAUUCUGAACAUAAAUUUUGUUUGUGAUCAUUAGUUAGAAAUUCCCAAUAUCCAUAUCAAGAAUAAAUUCACCAUAAGCAAUAGAGUCUUUAUCCCUUAUAAGAAGUAGAAGAUAGGGAAGAUAAAAUAUUUGAAUUCAGAAAUCUCUGUUCUUCUUCAGCUCUACUCUUAUUGGGUUGCCAUAACUUUAUGAAUGUAUCAAAUAGUUUUAUUCAGUAAGUCCCAAUGUUUGUUGAAUUGCCCUCUUGCUUCAGUCUCUUUUCUUUUAAAUUAUUUGCAUACAUUAUUUUUUGCUGCCACUAUGGGGCAAAAUGGCAACGAUAUCCUAACCUUUUGGUACCACAGCUCCUUGAAACAAUACUAAAAGCACAGGAAUAAAAAGUAAAAUAAAAUAAAAAAGCUAUCCUAAUUUAAGAUCAAAAAUUGCUUGGUGUGGAACAGUAUAAUUUCUGUCUCAGCUAUUACAUUUUGUUGUUGCUCUUGUUUUCUCCUUUUAAUUCAUGUUUCCCUGAGAGGUGCUUAAGCUGAGAUGAGUUCUGUGUAAGUGGAGAAGCAGCCUUGCUGAAUUUCUUUGAUUUCCUCAAUCUACUGUAAUUUCCCAUGUUUCAUAUCUGUUGUCAUUCUAGAGGAUCCAUCAACCCUCAAAAAUGCAGGUUUAUGUCAAGUAAGGGAAUAAAAUCAGGAAAGCAGCAGUCUGCAAAUAAAGUUCCUUAUGGUUUUAUCUGGAUCCAAAGCUGUUAUAUUAAUAUUACAAUUAAUUUCUAAGUUUUGUAAGAGAAGUAUCUUGCUGCUAUCAGGAUUAUAAGAGUGGAUGUCCACAUCUUCAUAAAUCUUGAUAGUUAGGUUUGGAAAGAGAUGAGUGAAGCUUUUUUUUUUUUUUUGCUUUUUACUAAGUAAUAAAAACGAUAAACAAAUUGUUCUCCCAUGAUUAGUGAGAGGCAUCAUUUCUAAGUUCUUCUUCAAACCAACCUUAAUAUGAAUUUUAAAUCUUAUCAUACCUAGCCAUGACAGGCAAAAGUUAUUCAUAUUUAGUAAAUUCUGAAUGAA